GCUCUGGUCCAAAAUGCCAGGGCCGAUUUUUUGUCCCAGUCCGCCCAUGCCGGAAGACUAGAUUGGGAAGGAGUUGGAGAUGAAAGAGGAAGUGCUCUUUCCAGUUUGCCUUUUCAACGAAACGUUUCUCUGUCUGCUUUUCUCUCGAUUCAUGAUGCAGCUUUCUGGAGCUCUGAUCUUGUUUAUGAGCCUGACUACAGCAUGUGGAUUAAGAUGCUACACAUGCACAGCCGCCGAUCCUAAAUCCUGCACAGACACCAAAUCCUGUCCUGUGAUCUUCAACCGUUGUUUUUCUCUCAGAGUAGACGGUUAUGACGUGGUUACAAAGGGCUGCCAAACCAGCAUAGCGUGUGUUGGUGCCGUGAAAUGCUGUGAAGGGAACUUGUGUAACAGUGCCAAACCCACUGGUUCCAGUGUCAUCCUCCUGUUUGCAUCCUCAGCCAUCAUCACACUCUUUCUAUAAGGCACUGAAAAUUCCAUGCUGUACUUUUUCGGACCCAGUUUGUACAACUAAAGAAUAAUAAACAAUGAUUUUGUUCUGAAAAAAUA